AUGCUUGCCCUUGUCUCAGGGUUCGCUCUACUUCCGUGGCUGCUUCCUGGUGCUUCUGGCGCCGCCAUCGACGCUCAGGGGAGCUCCGCGGCCCAAUCCACCGAAUCCUCCGCGGCGCCAUCCACUCAGGCCUCUUCCCAAUUCGGACUCUUGCCACAAACCUCUUCGCUCGCUACCUUCACCACUGUCCUUACUUCUGCGUCUAUCUCCGCGUCCGUGACAUCAGCCUCAUUGACAGUGUCGAGUGCUGUCGGAUCGUCAAACUCUCUGUCAGGCAUCUCGUCAUCUUCGAGUGCAGUGUCAAGCACCAUCUCUCAAUCUCUAUCCACAAGCCCUGCCGCCUCUUCCGCUUCCACAACAACUGCCUUGAGCUUAAGCUCUCCAGCCAGCUCGUCGGGCACAUCCGUUACCUCUGCUAGUCAGCCCACACAGUCAUCAGACCCGGCUACGCUAGCAAAUAUAGCGAGCGUGCGUGAGCGCAGACUAUCCGUCAUCAUUUCCGGCAUCACCUCAGUCGACUCAGUCCCUCAGUUGCUGUCCACCCUCGGUGACGAUGGUCAGUGGCCUAGCUCGGAAGUGGACUACACAACAGGUUGCGAUGCCAGACGCGCGAAUUGGCCCGCCGAAGAUCAUUGGAGUCGGCUCGUGACAUUGGCCGCCGCAUGGCAUGGAGGUGUCCAGGGUGCCUCACAGGAGUUUACGAACAGCUCCUCCCUACUCGAUUCUAUCCACAGCGCGAUGGACUUCUGGUUUGCAAACGACUUCACAAAUCUGGCUUGCCUGGACUCUGGAGGAACUGCGACUUGUCCGUGCGGCACUCCCGGCCUUUGGAACACCAAUUGGUACUCGAAUGUUAUUGGUGCUCCGGCGCUCAUUGGCGAAGCUUGUCUACUGGUGGGCGCAAAUGCAAUGACGGAAACCCAAGUGAACAACUGCACCCACAUCCUGGUGCGCUCCUAUGGCACAUUUGAUCACGGCUUUGGCUACACGACGGGGGCAAACACCCUGGACAUAUCCAAGAUCGGCAUCGACUCCGGGCUGCUCAUCAACAAUGCGUCCAUGCUCACAGAUGGCUACGCUCGGAUUCACAGGGAGGUAGUUGUUGAGAACGCCGUGAAAGCCGACGGCAUCCGACCCGAUGGCAGCUUUGGGCAACACGGAGGCAUCAUAUACAACGGCAACUAUGGCAAGGAUUAUGCGAACGAUGUUCUUGCCUUGGAGAUUGCCGCCGCGGGUACUCCGUACUCCGCCAAGGUCUCAAAUGCAGGCUCUGAAACAGCCUUUGAAUCGCUUUUGCAGGGCGAUGUAUGGAUGAUUUAUCGCAACGUCUUGACUGACGUUUUGCAUUUCGACUUCAGCGUGCUUAACAGAUUUAUCAGUUUCCCCGUUUCCGACCAACAAGCUACCGGGAGUAUCAACAUCAAUGUCACGGAGAUACAGGAGCUGGGAGAGCUUUGGGAUUCGGACAUCUUGCAAACUGUAUCCCAGAGUCUGGCUCAAGGGAGCAAAGACGCCAACGCCGGCAGUAUCGUCGGCAAUCGCAUGUUUUACGCGAACGAUUAUAUGGUUCAACGCGGCCCUGGCUACGUGUCUACCCUCAGGAUGUACUCCAAGAGAACCCUGAAUGGGGAGUGCACGAACGCCGAAAACCCUCUAGGGUUCCACCUCGCCGAUGGGACGCUGUACACCUACCUUCAAGGCAAUGAAUACGAGGACAUCGCUGCUGCCUGGGAUUGGAACUUGAUUCCUGGCAUCACCAACGAUUACGGUGCAACGCCUCUCAGCUGUAAUCACGAGCAGUUCUCGGGCAAGGAGGCCUUCGUCGGUGGCGCGUCGAACGGAAAGGUCGGUGCCGCGGCCAUGCGCUACACCAACCCCUACACGGGCACGCUCAAGUUCCAGAAGGCGUGGUUCUUCCUCGACAACGACGUGCAGCAUGUCAUGAUCUCCAGCGUCAACUCAACCACCGACAACCCCGUCCUCUCCGUUCUCGACCAGAAGCGACUCAAUGGGCCCGUCUACGUCGAUGGCGUCCCGCUCUCUGGUGGCAAGAACUUCUCUCAAGCCCGUACGCUCUGGCAUGACAAUGUAGGCUACACGUUCCAGCAGGGCCUUUUCGACCGCGACUUCGACUUGGCCGUCGACUUCGGCGCACGCACAGGCGACUGGGCGACCAUCGGGAUUUCGUCGGUCGGCAACAUCACCGUCGACCUCUUCUCCGCCUGGAUCAACCACGGGUCGGGUAGCCAGCUGGACGUCCCCAUCGAGUACACUGCUUUCCCGGCCGUCAGCCAGAACGAGUUCGUGCGCAAGAGCUUGACUACUCCGCUCGUUACCAUCCGCAACGACGCCCAGGUCUCCGCCGUAUACGAUGUGGUGCACCGUAUGGCGUCAUUCGUGUUCUGGGACGCGGAAGGAGGAUCGGCGACGUUCGUGCCGUCGCUAUUCGAGGCCCCCAUCACCGUUCAGACGAACGGGAACGCGGUAGUGAUCUACGACGUGGACAAGCGGAACGCGACCGUCUCUGACCCUUCGCAAACACUCACGACCGUGCAGCUAUCCUUCAAAGAAGGUCGGUCGCACACUAAGACUCUAGAUGUAACCCUGCCUGGUGGAGGUGUGGCAGGAAGCAGCGUUUCUGUUCAGCUUGGGUGAUCGUGGCAGAACCUACUUAUCGUAUCACAUAUUCC